GCCUCGUCGUCGGGCUCCGACAAGGAAGACAAUGGGAAGCCCCAUUCCUCCGCCCCGUCCCGGCCCAGACCCCCGCGGAGGAAGCGGCGAGAGUCCACGUCGGCCGAAGAGGACAUCAUUGAUGGAUUUGCCAUGACCAGCUUUGUCACUUUUGAAGCGCUGGAGAAAGAUGUAGCACUUAAGCCUCAGGAACGUGUGGAGAAACGCCAGAGUCCUCUCACCAAGAAGAAACGAGAAGCGCUGACCAACGGCUUGUCCUUUCACUCCAAGAAGAGCAGGCUCAGGCACCCACAUCACUACAGCUCGGAUAGAGAAAAUGACCGCAAUCUCUGCCAGCACCUCGGGAAAAGGAAGAAAACGCCCAAGGGACUCAGACAGCUCAAGCCAGGGCAGAACAGCUGCAGAGACAGUGACAGCGAGAGUGUCAGCGGAGAAUCCAAGGGCUUCCACCGGAGCAGCUCCCAGGAGAGGCUCAGCGAUAGUCCAGCUCCUUCCAGCUUGGGAACCGGCUACUUCUGUGACAGUGACAGCGACCAGGAAGAGAAGGCAUCCGAUGCCAAUUCUGAAAAACUCUUCAAUACUGCUGUAAACACAGAUCCGGAGCUAGGCGUUGGCACGCUCCCUGAACAUGACAGCCAAGAUACAGGGCCGAUUGUCCCCAAGAUAUCGGGUCUAGAGCGAAGUCAGGAGAAGAGCCAGGACUGUGGCAAAGAGCCCAUCUUUGAGACUGUGGUGCUGAAAGACCCCUGCCCGCAGCUCCCGCAGCCACUGCCCGCACCGCCAGCGGAGCCUCAGCCCCGGCUUCCAUCUCCGCGCCUAGACCUGGUGCAGCGCCCUGAGGCUCCCGCUCAGCCCCCACCUCCGAGCUCACAGCCACCACCAGCUCCCCCAGAGGUACAGCUGCAGCCCGCUCCCCAGCCUCAGGCUCAGCGUCCGGCCCGGCUCCAGACUCCCAGCCAGCUUCUCCACCAGAACCCGCCUCCUGCGCAGGCCCAUCACUCAUCUCAGACCCUCUCUCAACCGCUGUCCGCAUACAACAGCAGUAGCUUAAGCCUCAACAGUUUAAGCAGUAGCAGAAGCAGCACUCCAGCGAAGUCUCAACCCGCUCCUCACAUCUCCCACCAUCCCUCCGCCUCCCCAUUCCCCCUCUCUCUGCCCAACCACAGCCCCCUGCACAGCUUCACCCCCACCCUCCAGCCCCCCGCGCACUCCCAUCACCCCAAUAUGUUUGCCCCUCCCACGGCUCUGCCUCCACCACCACCGCUGACAUCGGGGGGUCUGCAAGUACCCGGACAUCCAGCCGGGAGCACUUAUUCAGAGCAAGACAUCUUGCGACAAGAGCUGAACACCCGUUUUUUGGCCUCUCAGAGUGCUGACCGUGGGGCCUCGCUGGGCCCUCCGCCCUACCUGCGGACUGAGUUCCACCAGCACCAACACCAACACCAGCACACGCACCAGCACACGCACCAGCACACCUUCACACCGUUCCCUCACGCCAUCCCGCCCACUGCCAUCAUGCCAACGCCAGCACCUCCCAUGUUUGACAAAUACCCUACAAAAGUUGACCCCUUCUACCGGCACAGUCUCUUCCAUUCCUACCCUCCUGCAGUAUCUGGCAUUCCUCCCAUGAUUCCACCCACUGGUCCCUUUGGUUCACUACAAGGAGCAUUCCAGCCGAAGUUGACAGAUCCUUUCAGACCCAUGCUACGGAAACCAGGGAAGUGGUGUGCUAUGCAUGUCCACAUUGCCUGGCAGAUCUACCACCACCAACAAAAAGUAAAGAAACAGAUGCAGUCAGACCCACACAAGCUGGACUUUGGACUGAAACCCGAGUUCCUGAGCCGCCCUCCGGGCCCCAGUCUCUUUGGAGCUAUCCACCACCCCCACGACCUGGCACGGCCUUCAACUUUGUUCUCUGCCGCUGGUGCUGCACACCCAACUGGGACUCCUUUUGGGCCGCCUCCUCAUCACAGCAACUUUCUUAACCCUGCUCACCUAGAGCCUUUUAACCGGCCAUCGACGUUCACAGGCCUGGCAGCAGUUGGUGGCAAUGCCUUCGGGGGACUUGGAAACCCGUCAGUCACACCCAACUCAAUGUUCGGCCACAAGGAUGGCCCCAGUGUGCAGAACAUUAGCAACCCUCACGAACCCUGGAACCGGCUGCACCGAACGCCUCCGUCGUUCCCGACCCCUCCGCCCUGGCUGAAGCCAGGCGAGCUGGAGCGUAGCGCGCCCGCUGCAGCUCAUGACAGAGAUAGAGAUGUAGAUAAACGUGACUCCUCCGUUAGUAAAGAUGACAAAGAAAGGGAAAGCGUGGAGAAGCGCCACUCCAGCCACCCGUCACCAGCACCCGCCCUCCCGGUGAGCGCCCUGGGCCACGGCCGCGGCAACAGCGAGCCGCUCAGGGGGCAUUUGAACACAGAGGCUCGCGAGAAAGACAAACCCAAAGAGAGGGAGCGGGAGCAUUCGGAGUCCCGCAAGGACCUGGCCGCCGAUGAGCACAAGGCGAAGGAGGGCCAUGCGCCCGAGAAGGACGCGCACGGCCACGGCGGCGAUGAGGCUAAGCAGCUGGCCCGGGGGCCGUCCCCCUAUGUGCGGACCCCUGCCGUGGAGAGCACCAGACCCAGCAGCACUUCAAGCCGCGAGGCGGAGCCGCGCAAGAGCGAGGCGGCCUUCGAGAACCCCAAGAAGAGCUCGGAGGUCAAGGUGAAGGAGGAGCGUAAGGAGGAACACGACCUGCCCCCCGAGGCCGCGCCCAGCCACCGGGCCUCAGAGCCGCCGCCCCCCAGCUCAGCGCCCAGCGUGCACGCAGGACCCCUGGCCGCCAUGCCCAUGACGGUGGGGGUGGCAGGCGUCCACCCCAUGAACAGCAUUAGCAGCCUGGACAGGACUCGAAUGAUGACCCCUUUCAUGGGCAUCAGCCCCAUCCCGGGCGGGGAGCGCUUCCCCUAUCCUUCCUUCCACUGGGACCCCAUCCGGGACCCCUUAAGGGACCCCUACCGAGAACUGGACAUGCACCGGAGGGACCCCCUGGGCAGAGACUUCCUGCUGCGGAGCGACCCCCUGCACCGCCUCUCGACGCCCCGGCUGUAUGAGGCCGAGCGCUCCUUCCGAGACCGGGAGCCUCAUGACUACAGUCACCACCACCACCACCACCAUCCCCCGCUCUCCGUGGACCCGCGGCGCGAGCACGAGCGCAGCGCCCACCUGGAUGAGCGCGAGCGCCUGCACGUGCUACGAGACGACUGCGAGCACCCGCGGCUGCACUCGGUCCACGCCGCCUCCCUGGACGGACACCUGGGCCACCCCGGCCUGCUGACGCCCGGGCUUCCCAGCAUGCACUAUCCCCGAAUCAGCCCUACCACGGCUCACCAGAAUGGGCUGCUCAACAAGACGCCGCCGACGGCCGCGCUCAGCGCACCACCCCCGCUCAUCUCCACGCUGGGGGGCCGCCCCGUCUCCCCCCGGAGGACAACCCCUCUGUCCGCAGAAAUGAGGGAGAGACCACCGUCCCAUACUCUGAAGGACAUCGAAGCUCGAUGAGGAGAGGACAAAGACACG